CACCGCGUAGGCCGGUCCUACUCUGUUCAUUCGUUUUCAUUGUUCCGAGUCCAGUUCCACCUGCAUCGUCGUGAUAUCUAGACCUUCCGAGAUCCUGCCGUCCGACCAUCCUGAUCAAAUCAGCAAUGUUCUCUCUCCCGUCCACCUUUGCGCUUCUCGCGCUCCCCAUCCUCGUGCGUGCAGCUCCACUGCAGGAUCGCUCGUCAAAUUCGCUGUCAACACAGACCGUCUCGGCCAGCACAAUCUCGAGCGCGUUUGUGCGCCCUGCGCAAUUCGCGCGCAUUGCGUACUGCUCGAGCGAGGCCGUGGAGAAGUGGGACUGCGGCGCGCCGUGUCAGGCGCUGGGCAUGAACGGUGUCACGCCGCUUGUGGUCGGCGGUGGCCGUACAGAUGGGGGUGCAACGCCGCGAUUUUUCGUCUCCUACGAUUCCAAGACAUCCAGCAUCGUCGUUGCUCAUCAAGGGACUGAUGCUUCAAAUGUAUUGUCCAUUAUCAACGAUGCGCAGUUCCUCAAGACCGACAUCAACCAAACCCUCUUCCCUAAAGCCGGUGAUGAUGUACAGGUUCAUGAUGGGUUUUCUAAAGCUCACGGACGCACUGCCGACACGGUCUUGGCCACUGUCAAGGCCGGUCUUGCGAAGAACAAUGCGUCCAAAAUAGCUGUCACUGGGCAUAGCCUGGGUGCCGCUAUCGCCACGAUGGAUGCUGUGAUGCUACGCCAAAAUCUGGGCCCUUCUGUCGAAAUUAGCACCGUCGUGUUUGGACUUCCUCGCGGUGGCAACCAAGCUUGGGCCGACCUCGUCGAUUCUGAGCUCGGAGGAAACUUCACAUUCAUCACGCACAAGGACGAUCCAGUCCCUCUUGUCCCUCCACGCUUCAUCGGAUACCAACACUCGGCCGGUGAGGUGCAUAUCAAGGAGACGGAUGACAAGACGGGAGAGGCAAGCGUCACUGUUGCAUGCCCAGGGCAGGAGAACGAGAACUGCAUCGACGGGAACUCGCUGCUGAGCACCAGCAUUUCUGACCACAUCGGCCCUUACUUCGCAAAUGUGUCAAUGAGCGGUAGCAACUGCCCCUUGUGAUUCUUACUUGCAGCAUUGCAGAAUUUGAAGACUUGCAUAGGCUUGCAGUCGAUUACAUUUUUGCAGCUGUCCAUUGAGUGGUAUGGCUUACGUUUCCUGGAACGAACUCGAAUGAAUGGCUACCCAGUAGACAGUGUUGACCAUUGAGUACUGAGUACUUGAGUACUUGAUUUUUUUGUGGGGAGGGCGAAGGGACACUAUUUAUAGGGCACCCGAUCUACAUAUUGGAAAUAUCUAUGUUUUCAUUC